AUCUUGUACAGCUUGUACUUUUGAGUUUCCCUAUAAGUAUAACAACAUGGCUGGUGUCCUUUUGUGACAUAUUUAUAUAUAUAGUCAAUAUAUUGUAAUUAAAUAUUGCAUCCUUAAAAAUAGUUGACCUAGUAUUAUUUAAAACUUCUUAGCUUCCUAGUGGUAUUAUUUAUAUAUACUUUUAAUAGAAGAUUUUAUAGGCAAUCGACUAUAUACUACGCCUGUGAGUUUGAUGAGCAAUAAAAAUGAACAAAAUGGCCGCCAGCCACCUCUUCCAGGACAGCCACCGCCUUCGCUAGAGAAUGAAGCUAACCACGAAAAUGGGUCCACUUCAAGUGAUAAAAUGGAAAUAUGCCGCAACUUUGUAUGGGGCAGUUGCAAUAAAAAUACUCAGUGUAAAUUUCGUCAUGAACUUGACUUUGAAGAAAUGAAGAAAAUCUUAAAGUUUUGUCACGAUUAUCAGAACCCGCCUGGUUGUACGAGAGAACAUUGCACAUAUUUACACACAACCAAAGAAGAGGAAAGUUUAUUUUUUGCCACGGGGCAACUACCUCGUGUUCUUGCAGAAAGACAUGCUAAUAUGUCUGCUACAGCGGCAGAAACUAUACCACAAAUAGCUCUAUUCAUACAGGAAUCUUUUGUGGGGCCUCCUCCACCGCCCCCACCUCCUCCUGCUCCCGCUUCUGCUCCCGCUCCGGUAGCUGUUCCACCACCUAUAGCGCCAUCCUCUCUAGCGACUAAAUCUGCAGUUCCUAUGAUGCCUAUGCAGCAGUUGCCUCCACCGCCACCUCCUCCACCACCUGUUUCAUCUGCAAUGCCCAUUCAGCAACAUGCAUCUGUUUUCCCAGCACCAGCAGUGCAGGUUAAUCCAGCAUAUACACUGAAUACGCCUCCACCCCCUGUUCAUGUUUUGUUUGAUGCAAGUAGACCACCACCUCCGAUACCCACAAAACGACCGUCUCCUACUAAUUUUGAUGUCCAACCGAAGAAAAGGAAGGUGGAUGAGGUGAAAGUCGCGGAUGGUCACUGCGAUCAGUGUGUGCAGCGCGAUAUCAGAGUGGAAUCUUGUAAACAAGAAAUGGAGAAGUUAUGUGGCGAAGAGGAAUAUAAUACCUUGAUAUACAAAAAAAAAUUGGAGGAAUAUCAGAAUCGUAAAGAAUUAUUGCGAUCGUUAGUCAGUAAUGAUCUUUACCGACUCAUUGAAGAAUAUGUGGAAGGUAUACCACAAAUUCAAGUAAAUGACGUUCUAACACAGCUCAACCAAACACCGUUUGUUUCUGGGACAUCUAGUGUACCAAAACAGUUUUUACUGCAAUUAAUGGAGUACGUUUUAGAAAACUCAAGAGUUGACGCAGUUCCUUCAUCGACUCUGCGCUUAGAUGAAUCUUUACUGCAAAGUUUGUCCAGGAGAACCAAUUCCGUCGGUCUCUCAUCUCCAGAUGUCCUACAGACCUUUAUGGAAAUUCUUAGGCAAUCGAACGCCCCUGAACGUGUUCAAGCGACCGAUUUACCUGGAACUAUCCCAAGAUGCACUACGCUGACGAGCAGUACUAGCAGUACGAACAGCUCACAACGUUACUCGAACGGACAAAGUCGGUCGGAGCAACACGUGAACAGAAUGGCGCCACCCACACCACAAGUACCUCCUCCGCCUCCGCCUUACCACCACUAUCCGGCCCCGCCUGCGAGGCUUUAUUAUCCUCCGCCGUUUCCGGUACCACCUACGAGUGGCGCGGUUGCCACAAGUCAGCUGACGCGAGUGCCGCCUCCACCAGCGCCGGCGCAACCACCAGCGCCUGCACCGCCCACCGCGCCCUCUUGCCAUCCCUACACGGCAACGAGGUACCCGCCGCCGUUCUACCAGCGUCACCAGUAGUAAAGCAGCUUAGACUAGAACAGAAAGUGCACAUGAACUCACUUUAGAUUUACAAAAUGUGUUGCUACAUUAGAUCCGUGUUGUCAGAUUGAUGAAGUAGUCGUAAGGGCCAAAACUAGAAUAAGCUCAAAUGUGUUAGUUUAAGUUUUAAUUAUAAUUGACAAUGUUUUAAAAAGAAAUUCCGCUACCACUGCCAUCGCACUAAACAGGUUGGCUAUUUUAUAUCUCGAUCGUGGAUUCUUGAGCCGGGUACCUGAUUAAUCGUCUUAGGUUAUACGUUUUUAUGAGUAUAUUUCGUAAUUUAUAUGGGAGAGAAGGCUACAUUUACGUUCUGCUAAAAAUAGCCAACCACUAGCUCACAAGCCGCAUUGCCUUAAAUUAUUGAACGCGGAUAUAAGCCGCAAUUUUCAUCCGACUUACAUCAGGGGCAUUUCACGUGAUGGGCAGGCAAAAAAAAACGUGUAUCUGAUUGAAAUACAUUUUUUAUAUAAUUCUUAUCUGUUUCGGACAUUUCCUCUAUAUUUUUAAUAUGCCAUGUUUAAGUAACAAAAUAUUAGGUCGGCGAUUUGAACAACCGUGACGUAUGCCCUAAUUCUUAAAAAAAGCCCAUGAAAAUUUCGUAAGUACUUAAGAAAAGACUAUUAAAGAUAAUAUUAUCUUUUUUAAUUAAUUUCGAUUUUUUUUUUUUACAUAUUAUAUUUGAAUAAAAAAUAUAUUUUGCUUAAUUUUUCGUAAUUUAUCCCACGGUUAGUCAAAUCGAGAUCGAAAUGCACGAUAAAAAUGUUUUUUUGAUAAAAUUUUGAACAUUUGUAAUAAUAUUUUUUUUAUCUUUAUGAAACGAUUUAUUUUUGGCUUUGCUGAGGUUCAUAUCAACACAAAGAUGUGUAGUAGAUACAAAUUCUAUUGGCAGUGUCCUCGAAAUCGAAACAAUUAUUAUUUUAUUUUAUAUUGUAUAGUUAUGUACACAUUUCGUAAUAUUUCAUUUGUAAUAUUUGUCUGACAUAGCGUAAUAAUUUACACAGCUUAUAUAAAUGAUAAAUAAAAAAUAUUUUUUUUUUUACAAUUUUAAAUGAAGACAUUGAUAAUAAUUAUUAUGUAUUAUAUUGUAUUGAUGAUAAUAAUACAAAGACAUUUACUUAACUGGACUCAGAAAUACAAGCCAGAUAACUAAUUGACUUUAAAUUGUUUUAUACUAGGAUUAUAAUUAAAAUGACUGGGAUAUGAAAAAUAGUCUUAUGUGUAUAUUUAAAAACUAAAUGAAUAACAAUCCGUUGGUCCGCCUGAGAAGACGCAAAUGUUAAGCUGUACGAAUAUGUACAGUUUAUCAUUUGCGAAGGUACUGAAUUGUUUCAAUACUGACGAUUGAAACGGUCACUUCAUGUAAUACUUGUUACUCAUAUUUCACGCCUGUAAUAGAACAUUCGUGUUUUGUGUACAGUACUCACACACUCGUUCACGAGAAAGAGGGAUAAAAAGUAAAUUAACAAUUUCAACCUUCAUUUGACAUGACAUUACACUUGAACUUGUAAAGGAAAGAAAUGACUUGUAUAAUAACAACUUCUUCUAGAAGUUACUUUAUAAAAGAUAUCUAUCUUUGAAGAUAGAUUUUAUUAUCUUUUACUUUUGAAUGUUUAUUAUUUAAUUAUUUUUUUUUAAUUUUGAAAAUAUAAUUUAAUUAACCUUAAACCAAAUCACUUCCCCAUUGUAAAUAAAACUAUUAAAAUAUUUUAUACAGUAUGAAUGAAUGGAAUGAAUUAUUAUGUUUAAUGGUGAUAAAAUAAUUAAUGUAACUACUAUGUUUUUAUACUUUUAAAAGCAAAACUAUAGAAGCUACGAAAGUUAUAGUUAAAAAAACCCUUUCUAUAUAAGUGUCGAAAUUUGACACUUGAAUUGUCAUUGAUUUUAGAUUAUUGGUAAACGCAUGGUACAUGUAUAAUGGUGAAGUUGUAAUUGUAAUAUUGAAAUUAUAAGUGGUUAUCAAUAUAUUUAAGUGAAAUUGAAACCUGCUUCAUUAGUGGUGCUGCUUAAGAUCUUCAAAGGCAUUACCCGAAAGGAAUAACUUGAAAUAAUAAUCAAGCGGCAAAAAUAUAUUUUGUAAUUUGCAACCCUUUGCUCCUGUUUUAAAUAAUGUAAUAUUAUGUAUCUGAUAAUUAUUUAUCAUGUGAUGAUACCAUUAUAUCAUUAUUUCUAUUCUCAGCAA